AUGGACGUUAUCACGUUGAGCGAGGCGGUAGCGCAUGUAGGACAGAAUGUGCGCUUCAUCGCGGCCGUACAACAGAUUUCUACUGGCAAAAGAGUGUUAAUAGCGCGUCAGAGAGUUCUACCUUGUCAUGUAUUGCACGUGUGUGAUGCCAGUCGACAGUUUUUCAAGAUCACAUGCUGGGGAGAUGCACCACCUGAAUUGAUACAUUCGUCGUUCACAUCGGAACCGGAACAAAACGUAGGCCUCAUGCAAAUGUCAAGAACUGAUGCAGUGCUUCAAGAUGGAGACAUUGUGCUAUUCUCAUUCUGUCGCAUACAAAUCUAUCGGGGCAACGUGGAGGCGCAGUUUAUUGUGCGCAACAAUGAUGCGGCGACUUCAUCGACGGUCCAAUUAUUGUACAGGAAGGACCGAUACUUUAGUGCACAAGAUGUUCCAUUGCGGGAAUUGUAUCCAAUGAUUGAAUGGGUUAAGCAAUACCGUCGUAAAUUCAGUGCUGAGGAUGAGAGAACGACAUCUGCUGCAGUAAAGAAGACGAAGGACAGGUCGACACUUCAGGACUUGCGUGAGAAUAUGGUCGUGUCAGUUCUUUGCAAAUUGCGACCUAAAAAGAAUAAAUCAGCUGCAGCUCCUGGAGGAGGAACAGGUGUUUGCUCAGAGCUGGAUGGCGUGCUGCUGUGUGAGCUAGUCAUGUUUGACUCUGCGGGAGAUGGGAUGUCUUUGUACCUUUGUGAUCAGCAUGCUGAGAAACGAUUUGUUGCAAAGUUGCUUGAGCAUCGUGGUGCAGUAGAGAUCGAUGGCAUCGUUGUGAGUCUUCAUGCUUUAUCAAAUAGGUUGCUGGCAAACACAACACCGCACACGACGUUUCGGCUAUUGGACCCAGAUGGCCCAGAUUCAAUCGAUUUGGAAAACAAAAUUGCUCGUUCUAGGAUUGUUUUCCAAGGAAGUACAACAUUCACUGCACCUACCGGCCCAACAUCUUUUUCUACCCUAGAAGAGCUCACAGGCUCCUUGUUUGAAGGCCUGGCUACCUUGAAAAACGUUCGUAUCGAGCAAGUAUGCUUGGGCCGUCAUUUUGGUCAUGCAGCAACUGUAUUGGCAAGAUUUGCUUCGCAUUUGGCGGAACGAUAUUGUACUGGGUGCAACCAAGCACUUCCUGAAUCUCCUUGUCAAGACCGCAAAGCUCAAAGUCACUUUGUAGCUUGCGCAAAUCGAUGCAUGACUCGUCGAAGUAGCGCUGACAACGCUUUAUGUGCCUGGCGGUAUCGCUGUUUUUCAAUACUUUUGCGUGAUCCUCGGAACCAACGACUGCAUGUUAGAGCUGACAAUCAGGCGACUUUGGAAAUAGUAGGAAAUAUUGAGGCUCGAGUUCUAAUCGAGGCUCAACACAAUGCUUCGCUAAACUCUCAGUUUGAUGCGGCAUCUGCUGUGGCAUCGCUACUUAACGCUCUCGUCGAAGAUGCAAACCAGAAGUUUGAAGCAAAGUUGGUGUGUUCUGUAGUGAGAAUCGGCGACAAUGCAAGCCAAGUUAUAAGCAACUGCCAGGAUUCAAGUCUCGGCGACGAGAGCAUGUUUCAACGGGUAUUUAGCUUGGUGUCCCUUGUUCCAUGUGAUGCAUUUUCUAUUUAA